AUGGCUGAUGUACAAACAUUAAGGGAGUUGACUGCUCCUGAUUUAACUCAGCAGCCUUUAUACAUCACUUUCCCGAGUUUGAGUGAUAACACUCCAUUUGAAUUAAAAUCUGGUCUAAUUCAUCUUUUACCUUCUUUUCAUGGUUUAUCAGCUGAGGAGUCAUAUAAGCAUCUGCAGGAGUUUAAUGUCGUGUGCAAUAGUAUGAAGCCCCCGAGAAUCACAAAAGAGCAGAUAAAAAUGAGGACAUUCAUCUUCUCCCUGAAGGAUUCAGCAAAAGACUGGUUAGCUGCGAGUUUAAGGAAAGAAAUUUGCGGUAUCAAGCAGCAUCCAGGGGAGUUGCUUUAUAAGUACUGGGAGCGAUUCAAGAAGUUGUGCAUUAAGUGCCCCCAACACCAAAUAAGUGAGCAGUUACUUAUACAAUAUUUUUACGAGGGGCUACUCUUCAGAGACAGGAGUAUCAUUGAUGCUGCGAGUGGAGGGGCACUGGUGAACAAGACCCCUCGAGCAACGUGGGAGCUAAUUGAAGGAAUGGCGGUGAAUUCGCCGCAAUUUGGUACGAGGGAGGAUGUCCCGAUACGCAAGGUGAAUGAGGUAGAGACAUCCUCUAUCCAACAGCAGUUGACGGAGUUAACCUCGUUUGUUAGGCAACUGGUUGUAGGGAACGCAUCUCAGGCCAAGGUGUGUGGGAUUUGCACUGGUAUGGGUCAUUCAACAGACAUGUGCCCAAUUAUUCAAGAAGAAAGUGUGGAGCAAGUGAACAUGGCUGGUCAUGCGCCCGCGCCAAGAAAUCAAUAUGACCCAUAUUCGAACACCUACAAUCCUGGUUGGAGGGACCAUCCCAACUUCAGUUAUGGAGGAAAUUGGCAGUCCAAUUUUAUGCCAAGUAGACAACAAGAGUACCAGCAGCAAUAUCAAUUUCGACCACCACCACCUCCACCGAGCGCCAGUCCAUCUUUGGAAGAUAUGAUGAAACAAUUGAUGGCUAGUUCUGCACAACACCAGCAAAAGACGGACUCCGAACUACAGAACAUAAGAAGUCAGAUGGGUCAGAUACAAGCGAUGCAGAAUCAGAUAAGUCAGAUGGCAAUAUCAAUCAACCGUCUGGAGUCUCAAGUAAAUGGAAGAUUGCCAUCCCAACCUGAACUGAACCUGAAGAACGUAAGUGCAAUGAGUUUAAGGAGUGAGAAGGAAAUUCAGGGGGCCGAACUCGUGACUCCAAAGGAUAAGGACGAAGAGAAGAUUGAGAAAGAACUUCAGGCAGAGAAUACAAGCACCAAAAAUCCAGUGGUACUCCCUGACCCGAUCAUAGACGUUAAAACUAAUCCCCCUCCAUUUCCUUGCAGGUUGGAGAUAUCGAAGAAGCAGGAUAAGGAAAAAGAGAUCCUGGAGGUGCUUCGCAAGGUAGAAAUCAAUAUCCCCCUGCUAGACGCAAUCAAGCAAGGGCCGAAGUAUGCAAAAUUUCUGAGGGACCUAUGUGUCAACCGAAGGCGGCUGAGGGGAAACGAAAGGAUCAUUGUUGGGGAGAAUGUGUCAGCAGUUCUCCAAAGGAAGCUUCCACCGAAGUGUGGGGAUCCAGGUAGGUUUACUGUCCCAUGUAUGAUAGGUAACACUUUAAUUAGGAAUAUACUGCUGGACUUAGGAGUAUCGAUCAACGUAAUGCCUAAAUCUAUGUAUGCUUCUCUGAACCUUGGUCCAUUAAAAGAAACUGAGAUAAUAACCCAAUUAGCUGAUCGAACAAAUGCAUACCCUGAUGGGUUGGUCGAGGAUGUGCUGGUUAAAGUUAAUGAAUUAGUAUUCCCGGCUGACUUUUAUGUACUUGACAUGGAUGAUGACCAUUCUCCCGACCCUUCACCUUUGCUAUUAGGGAGACCCUUUUUAAGCACAGCCCAGACAAAAAUUGAUGUUCAUAAGGGCACCUUGUCCAUGGAAUUUGACGGAGAAAUGGUCCAUUUUAAUUUUUUUGAUACAAUGGAACAUCCUGUUAACUCUCCCUCUGUAUUUGCUAUUCAUGCUAUUAAUCCCCCUGUGCAAGAAUUUUCUGAGUUUGCUUGUAGGGAUAAAUUCAGAGUUGUUGCGAACGAGUAUAACGGGAUGAAAGCAAUUUCUAAGGUGAAAAUGAGUCGAAAAUUAAGGAAGAAGGUUGCACUCAAUGGCUAUGUAGAUCCCGGAGGAGGGCCACCGAUUACAAGGAAAAUUGAGUUACACCCAGAUUGA